AUGGCUACGAGACAGCUUUUAAUCGCGGCUGCUUUACGUGAAGAACGAUUGGAGCGUAGAAGGAACCGGCGCCGCCUGCGUAAUCAACUAAAUAUUUCAAAUAUUCCCGAUCUAGAGUUUGUCGGAAAUUACAGACUCAGUCGGGAAUUAUUCGAGGAGUUGUGCCAGGACAUAGUGCCUUUAUUGCCUCCAAAGGGAAGACGACAUGGAAUCGAGCCCACACUUAAAAUACUUACUGCUUUGAAUUUUUAUGCCCGAGGAAGUUACCAGGGGUCAGUGGGACAAAAUAUGGAUGGGCCCAUGGCACAACAGACAGUGUCCCGUUGUUUACAAGAAGUAACAACUGCACUUAAUGCACCCCACAUACUAAGGAAGCACAUAAGAUUCCCACAAAAUAGGAAUGAAAGGAAUCUUAUCAAGCGGAACCAUAGGAAGCAUGAGGAACAAUAUUUUAAUCGAAAACAUUUUCAUUCGAUUAAUACUCAAGUUAUAUGUGACAGUGAUUUAUUAAUUACAAAUGUUGAUGCUUCAUAUGGUGGAGCAACUCACGACGCUUAUAUUUGGAGGGAAUGUGAUUCUGGUUAUGCUCUAAGGGAGCAUAUGAUGACACCUGUACAUAAUGCUGUUGAGAACUCUCCAGAGGGAAGGUACAAUUACCUCCAAAAACGUGCACGCUGCACCAUAGAACGCACAUUUGGUGUAUUGAAGGGUCGAUGGAGAUGUCUUUUGGCAGCUAGGGAACUCCAUUACUGCCCAGAAACAGCAGGUAAAAUUAUAUUAGCCUGCUGUGUUUUACACAACAUGUGUAUAAGGGCUGGUAUUGAAGGUCCCGAGUUGACUGAAGAGGAACACCAAUCGGAGAGAACCAGGCAGGUUCCUUUUGAAACGGCCGCAUCUUCUACUCAAGCUCUACAGGCAGGUCGAAGGGCAAGGAAUUCAUUAAUACAAAUGUUAGAAAGGAACCGGAGAUAA